AUGCAGUAUCCAGGUGUUAACCUCGAAAUCAAUGAUCCAAAUUUCGACUUGAAAAAAGCUCCGGAAACUGACAAAUUAGGUAGCUUCUAUACAGGAUUUAUAAGGAAAGUCUACGGAAUUCUAAGUUCCCAGCUUUUACUCACAGUUAUAUUCUGCGGGAUUGUUAUGUCUAAUGAGACUUUAACAGAAUUCGUUCAAAAUGAUAUCGCAGUCUUCGUUAUUUCUAUUAUAGUUGCUAUAGCUUUAAUGCUCGUAUUAAUAUUCUCAAAAGACAAAGCUCGCAAGGUUCCUACCAAUUAUAUCUUGCUAACUUUACAAUAUAAGACUGGAAAAGCAUAGGAAAAUUCUUAAAUUAACCUCUUUUUUUAAGGAAAAAAACAUUUUCAUAGUAAAUUUUUAAUAUAAAUUACUUUUAGAUUAAAUAAGAAAUUUAUAAUGAAAACUUAUAAUUAAAUUUUAUUAAUUAUUUUUUAUAAUUUUUUUAAACAAAAAAAUAACCCUUCUAUGGGGUUAGCAUAAAUCUUGCUUACUCUUGAGGAGGAGAGUAAUAAUUUUUGUGACGAUUACUUAGACACUUUGCGAAAGCUACAUGGUCUCAACUGCCUACACAUUUUAUGACGCUUACACUGUCAUUGCAGCAGCGUUAAUGACUUUAGGCGUUACUUUAGUUUUGACAGUCUAUGCCUUUUUAGUAACAAAUAUUUACUCUCCAUCUUUAAAUUGGAGCAAAACAAUCUGUCUCAAUUUGAAAGAGAUUUAAUAUUUUUUCUAUAAAAUUUAUCGAUUUAAAGCUCAAAAUUUGUUUAAAAAUAGCAUUCAACAUUUAAAAAACAAACUUUGAGCAGGAUUUGAUUAUCGAAAAACUAAAUUGGGUAUCAAACUAACUAUAUAAAAUAAAAUUUUAUUCUAAUUUAAUAGGAGUAAUUUAUCUAAAACGUAAAUUUUACCGAUAUUUGUUCUAACUUAAAGGGGAAGUUAGACAAAAAAAGAAUUUAGACAUCCUGUAGGAGUCUCUCUUAGUUUUAUAUCUUCAAUCAUUUUGCUAAUGAUUUUUGCAUUUUACAAUGUAGGAAACCAUUAUUCAGUGGUAGAUUAUAUAUAGAUUUGGUGCUUUGUGGGGGUGAAUUUUUAUGGGAUUUAUAUUAUUUAUGAUACCCAGCUUAUAGUGAAUGGGAGUAAGUAUGGAAUAACCACAGACGACUAUGUGGUUGGUGCGAUGAUUCUAUAUAUUGACAUUAUUGGCCUAUUUCUUAAAAUCAUGGCCCUAAUUGGUAAAGUUAAAAAAUAA